UUAUUUUUUUAUUUUUUUUUUUUAACUCGGACAUCGUUCUUGCUGCCCCAGACGCAGCCGAGUCGCAGAGACCAAUGUGUAAUUGUCUUCUUCUGUGAGAUAUUUGGGGUUCCCCGGGGGCUGGGGAAAGGGCUGGCGCGUCCCCAGUUUCUGACGUUUUGUGUUUGUGUGCCUGUGUGCGCCGGCAGAAAAUCCCUCUAUCCUGGAAGAAUGGUGAAACUGGGGAACAAUUUCAGCGAGAAGAGCACAAAGCAGCCCCUUUUGGAGGAUGGAUUUGACACCAUCCCCCUGAUCACACCCCUGGAUGUCAAUCAGCUCCAGUUCCCACCUCCUGAUAAGGUUGUGGUCAAAACGAAAACAGAAUAUGAACCUGAUCGCAAGAAGGGAAAGUUCCGUACUCCUAAAAUAGCUGAGUUCACAAUCAGCAUCACUGAAGGGGUUUCAGAAAGAUUUAAGGUAACUGUGCUGGUCCUUUUUGCCCUUGCGUUCCUAACGUGUGUUGUAUUUCUGGUAGUCUACAAGGUUUACAAGUAUGAUCACACCUGUCCAGAAGGAUUCGUUUUCAAGAAUAACCAGUGCAUCCCAGCCGGGUUGGAAAACUACUACUCGGAACAAGACUCCAGCGCUCGAGGGAAGUUCUACACAGUCAUCAACCACUACAACCUGGCCAAGCAAACCAUCACGCGCUCCGUGUCCCCCUGGAUGACGGUGCUGUCAGAGGAGAAACUCUCUGAGCAGGAGACUGAGGCCGCUGAGAAAUCAGCUUAGAACGAUGAGAAGCUAAUUAUUAACACUAUGUCAUUUGAAGGUAACUAAGGGACUUUAAGGAACUUUUCGUUAAAUAUAAUUAUGGAUAAUUUAGAGGUUACUCAUGUUUAUGGUGCAAUUGCUUCUGUUUGCUGAUACUGCUUUGCAAAAAAAAAAAAAAAAACAAACAAAACCCAACAAAAACUUGCUGCAGAACAUUCAUGGGCAUAAACCAAGGUGCAUAUCAGCAUUGCUUUAGAGCUUUGACACCAUUUUCAAUGUUAAAAAAAAAAAAAAUCCAAUAUUAGUUAUGUUCUUGCAGUUUAUUGGAUACUGACAGAUUUCUUCACUGGAUUUUCAGGGCUUGGACCUUAGAGAAAUCAUGUGUUCUGUUGUCUGAACUGAUACUUUAUUUAUGAAUUUUUUUAUCUAUAUCUGUCAUUUUGCAAACUGAAACACCCCAGCCAUAACUAGAGUGAUCUCUUGUUUAGCUGAGAGCUCUACUUACUAUUUAGUUUUGGCUCGAGCGCGAGCGAUGGCGGGCAUUGAUGUCGAGGGCGUAACGUAACGACUUGUACGGAGAAAGAAACUGUCGGGUAGCAUUUUUUCUUACCUUUUCUUUACUGUUGUUGAUUUGUAAGUGCUAAUGAAGUUCUCUGCAACAAGGCAUGCUCAAUGUUUUAUUAUUGCUGUCAACAGGAUUUAACUGCAUUUCCACUGUGGCUUUAGCAUCUUGGUAAGGAUGUGCACUGAAACACAAACUAGGUAGACGUUACGGAAAAAACCACAGAGAGUUUUAGUGAUGGAUGUUGAGGACGGUGUAAGAACUUCACAGUUCAAGAUGUUCUAAUGAGAAACAGCAUCUUUUGAUGAUAGGUAAGAGGCAGAAAAAGCCUGUGCACAGUAGAUGUAGUCCACGAUGUAAUUUGUUGGAUACAGCUGAGGGAGUAAUGUGUCUAAAUUUUCUCUUUUAUUACAUGAACAUUUUCCCUUUUUUAUGAAUUAGGAAGAGUUUUCCGUUUCUGUAUGGUUUGCAGUUUGAUACUUUUUAAAACACAGAGCAUCACGAGUGAAACAGUAGCGUUUUAGAUACCACAACUGGCUGUUUGAAAGCUCUGUGUGAAACUGAGUGAAGAGUAGAACUGUUUGUGUGUGGCUUGGGAGGGGAAAAGAUGUAGAGGAACAUAGUAUUGUGGAUGCACGUUAAAGUUCCAUUGUAAUUACAAACUUAUCCCUU